UUGCCGCAGUGCAUGACACGCGCCGGAAAGUCCGAUUUCCACCCUUGUUUCGAGUGGAGCUCGUUAGCACCGCCUCCAAACGCGCAAACGAAUGAAAUUUUCCGUCCCUUUCUCCCGAGACAAGUGCAGCAUCCUUUUUCGUCCAGCAUCCUGUAGUUGAUACAAUCGUAAUCGUAGCUUAUUUAUUCAAGGGCAGUUAACAAUUGUGUUUUCCGCGAGAAUAUCUAUAACUAUGUGUUUUAUCGGCGAACAACUCAUUAACGGGCUGUAAAAUUCAUUAAGUGCUGUAUAUGUGUAUUAGCUACUGAUGCGAUGGAAUUUUCAUUCAUCAACAAGGCGAACUUCGACAAGGAUUGUUUAUACAAUGCGAAUUCUGAGUUUUAUAACAAUAGUGCCAAUGGGGGACUGUCCGUCGCUAACCACAUGAAUCACUAUAAUCUAAUGAUUGACUCCAGCUAUAAGCUAUGUGCGAAUGAGACUGCAAUAAGGAGUUCUCUAAACCAGGAAUCGAGCUUACUAUUUUCCAAAAUCACCACAGUUUCGGAAUUUUAUCCUGCAACUCAUAACAUUGCUUCUUAUAACUCUGACUUCCAUCUUAAAUCUUAUGGAGAUGACGGUUUGAGCUUGACAGAUAAAUCGAAACAGAGAAGGAUUCGGACUACUUUUACAUCUAACCAACUAAACGAGCUGGAAAAGAUCUUUUUGGAGACCCAUUAUCCAGAUAUUUAUACCAGAGAAGAGAUCGCAUCAAAACUACAUUUAACCGAAGCCAGAGUUCAGGUAUGGUUCCAAAACAGAAGAGCUAAAUUUCGCAAACAGGAGAGACAUGCCAUUUACAUAAUGAAAGACAAGUCCAUUAAAAUGGAUGGGCGAAAGAAUCCUGCAGCUGGCUCAAAAUAUCUAAGUCCAUCUCUUAAGGGAUCGCAAAAUGCCCGUCAAAUGAAAUGCUUAUAUGAUCAAAUAUAGAAAGUGCUAAUAUCGAUGUAAAUAUUAGUAUACAUUUUGAGGAAAACAAUUAUUUUGAUAUUAAUUUUACUUACUAUUUUGGAG